AAAAUUCCAAAGCGUGUAUAUAUAAAUAAAUCCGGAGGACUCCAUUGGCAAGUUGCCUCUCUCUCUCUCAAACACUCUCGCAGCGUCUCUACAGAAUAAGAAUACAUCAGCAACAUUUCGAUUACGGUAAUGACAAAGGUAUUCCCCAACAACUUAUCUCAGAGGCUCAAUUCCACCCCGUGCUCCCCCGACGGGAAUGGGGACGCGGCAAUCCUAACGGUGUGGAAGAAGUCUCUGCUGUUGAACUGUAACGGAUUCACGGUAUUCGACGGCAAGGGGAAUCUGGUGUUUAGAGUGGAUAACUACUUGGCCGGCCACAAGGGUGAGAUCGUUCUCAUGGACGCUGGGGGCAAGCCUCUCCUCACCAUCCGGCGCAAGAGGCUGAGCCUAGGGGACAACUGGCUGGUGUACGACGGAGAGACGGCCGUGAAUCCCAGAUUUUUGGUGAGGAAGCAGGUGAAUAUUCUCAACACAAAGUGCUUGGCCAACGUCAGCUCAGGCAGUAACAGUAACAACGACAACGAUGAGGAAAGUGGGAUUACUUGUUCAUCAUCAUCCACCUCCAGCAAGAACCUUUUAUAUCAGAUCGAGGGUUCCUACACACAACGAUGCUGCGCGGUGUUGGACAAAAAGCGGAGACGCGUGGCGGAGAUCCAGAGGAAGGAGUCCGUGGGAGGAAUGACCUUCGGCCUCGACGUAUUCCGCCUCGUUGUACAGCCUGAAAUCGACGCACCGCUCGCCAUGGCACUGGUCAUUCUUCUAGACCAGAUGUUCGGAUCUUCCAGACGCCUUUCCCAUUAAUUAGAUUCCACCGCUCAAGCAAUUGGAUCGAACCGACCGAACGGAUCAUCCUUCGUUAGCUACACACCAACCGCACUACCACGUACAGCUACCGCCACAGCUCAUGGCACUAUGGCAGGACCAUUUUUCGUCUUUUUUUUUUUUUUUUCCGGUAUGGAUAUAUAUAUCUUCCCAACCCUUCUCUUUUUCUUUCUGGGUUUUCUGUUCCACUCCCCCACCUCCCCCCCUUUUUUCCUUUUUUGUAAGAAGAUGGAUGCUUGGUUUUUUCCUUUUAUAUAAAAAACCAGGCUCCAACUGAGGAUGUAUAUAAUUCUUCAAAAACAGGAGAACCAAAAAUGACACAGUUUUUUUUUUCUUUUUUUCUUUUUUUUUUUUUUUCCUACACCCUAUACUUUCUUAGAGCGACGACGCAGAAAUAGAUUUCGAUCAUAUAUAUCAUUGUUGAAAGAGUGUUUAUGUCGGCUCCUAAAGUGAAAGGGAAAAAGGAUACCCACUAACAGGGCAAGUCGCCAUCAACCGACGCACUUAUAGCUAUUCCGGUUAAAGAGUAGGGAGAAAGGCUCAAACUAAAUCCUGAGCUUUUCCUUAGCGGGAUGAACCCGUAAAGGCAGAUAAGGCUCCACAACACCACAACAGGAUCCCAACACCUCUCUCCUCCUCUGCUCAGCCAAGGACCUAAAGCCAGCUAGAAAGCAGUAAGCUAUUUAAUUAAGUAGGCUCGAGAUGGUUCUAAGGGCCUCUCUUAGUCUGAGUACAUCUUAUCCAAAGCCAAACCCCAAACCUAAUCGGACUGUACCGUCCUUGCCUUACCUAUCCUAACACAAGGUAGCUGUAGCUCUCAUUCCCUAGCUGCUAAAAGUACGAAAAAAGCCACCAUUCCUUAGCGCUUGUGCUAAGGAAGGGCAAGUACCUCCUCUUCCUCUAUUU